AUGUCGUCCAACCCUGCGCCCACUGUCCUUACUCAGCUUCCGCUCGGAGAGGGCUCCCGUACUCGGUACAGCGAUGUCGAGUUGCGUGACUACUUUGAGUGCAUUAAGCUCCCGCAGAAGUAUCUGGACUCCCCUGUGCUAAAAGACGCCACCCAAGCCAGAACCAAAGAGCAUGGGCUGCCCUUGCUGCAGGCCCUGACACGCUACCAUAUCUGCAAUGUGCCUUUCGAGAAUCUCGUACUGCAUUAUUCCACACAUAAGACCGUCACACUUGAUCUGUCAGAGCUCUACACCAAGAUCGUUCGCCGCCGGCUUGGCGGGCGAUGUAUGGAAAACAACACCUUUUUCGCCACGGUGCUUCGCUCCAUCGGCUAUGAGGUACGCAACUGCGGAGGUCGCGUGGCGCGGGCAAUGAGUCCCUACCCAGAGGUCCGGCGCAAUCAGAGCAACACUUAUGAGGGGUGGAACCACAUGCUCAACCUUGUUCGACUGGAUGCGGAGUGGUACGUUGUAGAUGUCGGCAUGACCAAGGGUCCCAACCUUCCAUAUCCGCUGCGCGACGGAUUCCAGACGACCAGCAUCGCCCCACGUUUAAUUCGCGUGCAGUUACGCCCUAUACCCGAGUCGUAUGCGAAACAUUCUGCCAAUAGCACCGGACCACCGAGGAUAUGGUGCUUCGAUGUCUGCUACAACCCAGCGGAUGCGGCCAAGAAAGAGUGGUUGCCAGUCUAUUGCUUCACGGAGACAGAAUUCUUGCCCCAGGACUACGAAGUCAUGUCCUGGUUCACAUCAACACACCCGCGAUCCUGGUUCACCAGAUACGUCACCUGCACAAAAAUGCUCAUGGACGAGGAUAAGGAGGUGAUAGUGGGCAAUGUCACCUUGUUCCAAGACACGGUGAGAGAAACAAUAGGCGCCAAUACUAAGGUUAUCAAGGAAUGCAAGACAGAAGAUGAGCGCUUACAAGCGCUGGCUGAAAUCUUUGACGUGCAUUUGACAGAUGAGGAGAAGAAGGGGAUUCCAAACGAUCGGAGAUUAGCAUGA